CUUUCUUGGUCGGGGUUUUUAGAGAGAGAAAGAGAGAGAGGAGUCUUCUCUGUCUUCAAGAAGAAACCCAUAUACAAAAAUAAUACCCCGUAAUUCAAAAAAAAAAAAAAGAGAGAGAGAGAGAGCAUUACAGAUAUAUACAGAAAGAAAAGGUAUAUAAAUAUGCCACCACAUGGAGAUUUAGAGAGAGAGAGGGAGGGAGGAGAGAUAUUUCUCACUUUCAUCAUUGUUCAUCUUCUCUCUCCCUCCCCUCUGAGAUCUUCCAAUCCCUCUCUAUCUUCUAUAUGAUUUUCAAAUAAAACCAAAAAAAAAAUGUUUUCAAAGAACCACCCUUUGAUUUUCUAAUUUCUCUAUUGAGCUGAAAAACCUUUUUAAUUUUAAAGUGAAAAGUUUUCGUGUUUUUUUUUUUGAAAUUCUGAUCAGCUGAAUAAUCUGAGCUAAUUGACGUUGUUUGCUAAUCUGGGUUUUCUCAAAAUCUCGUCUUUCUUACUUGAACCUAACCCAAUUGCAAUUGCCAAUCGUCGUUGGCUGCUGAAUUUUUUUGGUCCGAUUGGUUUUUGAUGUUUUUUUAGGGUUUGAUUGGAUCGCACCCUAAUUUGCGGUUUUUGAUACUAUUAGGGAUUGUCCCUCGGAGAUUAAACACUUGUGGCAAUAAGAGUCUUUGUGAUCGAGAAUAAGUGUGUGUAUCAAUCGGAAAGAGGAAGCUACCUUUUAAGGUUAGCUACAAAUCUCGCUGAGUUAGUUGCUAAUUUUAUAGUGCAUUUAAGGAUCUGUCAAAAGAUAAAGGAGGAUUUGAAGUGGCCUUUUGGUUUGCUGGUGAACCAAGUUUUGGAGCUUCUUAAGUGAUUUUUUUUUAUUGGAUAUGAUGAGCUAAAAGGGGGAAGUCGAGAGAGUAACAAGAGUGGUUGAGAGUAUACCACUUUUACGGGGGCUUGAGGGAGGGAGGGGGCUAAAAGUGCCAUGUCUCGUUGCUUCCCGUUUCCACCUCCAGGAUAUGAGAAGAAGAUUAGUAGCACCGAUGAAGCACACUCUUUGAUUAAGCAGGAAAAACAAAAGAAGGAAAAAAAGCACAAAAGGGAUAAGGAAAAGAAACAAGGGAAAGAGAAAAAAGAUAAAGAAACAAGCAAAGACAAACAUAAGGAACGGAAGGAUAAAAAGGAGAAACAUAAAGAUAAGAAAGACAAAGAUCGUCAUAAAGAAAAGAGCUCAACUUCGGAGGACAAAAAAGCUGUUUUUGGUGUUCUACCAAACACAAAGGACAGAGAACAGCUUGUAACAAAUACCGUGCUGAAUAAUGGCAAUGGAGAGUCUAAGUAUAUACAAGAUCUGGCAAGAAGGAUCAGAGAUGACGAAGCUACAGACAGUCAAAGUGUGGGAAAGAUUAGUCUUCCCAAUGGAGUCACAGAGAACAACCUUAGGAAAGUUGAUGAAAAGAGAAGCUACGCCAUGGAAAAAAUAUCUGAAACUGAUCAGAAAGGAGCUGAGAUUAUGGUUAAACCAUCGGAGAAAAAGGAUCAUGCUAAGAAAACAGAACUACAAGAGAAGAAUCACCGCAGAGAAAGUGUCAGUAAGAGUGAUUUGCCUCUGGAUAGCGAAGGGAUAAAGAAAAAUGAACCAAAGCACACAACACAUAGAAGUAGUCAAGAGGAGAAAAAACAAAUUGGUCAUGACAAACCAAAGUAUGUAGAGGGAGGGCCGAGGCUAAAAGAGAGAGACUUAGACUUUAGAGUGCAAGACCUUUCUAAGGCAAGCGUUAAAAAUCUCACCGCAGGUGGAGUACUUGGCAAACGGAAAGAUCAUGAGACAAAUGGUUUCUUGUAUGAGAAUGGAUCUAGGCCAAACAAGAUACAGAGGCCAGUUGCUUCUCCAAUAACAUCAGUGGAAAACGGUAGGAAGUUGGGAGGAUGCCAAACUCUUCCUAAACCUGUUACUGAGUUGCAAGGACCAGUGUGUAGUAAUCCACUGGUCAAGGAGGAGCAUAGAGUUAACGGUUUCAUUGAUUCUCAAGAACCCAAAGAUCGUCCAAAGAAAGUGAAAGAAAACGGUGAAGCGUCAGCGAAGAAGCGGUCUCAUCCGGACUUGAAGUAUUUGGAUCAGAUACUGAAUGUACCGCAGAGGGAGGAACUGCGUGAGGUUGAUGAGAAUGAGGAACAAGAGUGGCUGUUUGGUCUGUCCGGCGUGAAAUUAUUAAAGAAGCCAAAGACGGAUGCUACUACUUCAUUGGAUGAGGGCCUGCGAGUCUGGAACCAGGCUCUUAGAUUAGAAUCUGCUGAUAUUGUAGCUCUUCCAUAUGUGGUUCGCUUCUAGUUUGAUGACGCUCUGAUGUUCAUUCACUUCAGCCGAGGAGAAAGAUCCUCCAUCAUAUUCCAAUACUCGGAAUGGGAGUUGUUGAGGUAUGUCUGGUUUGGCUUCAUGAGAAGAGAAACUUCCUUGCAAGAACACGUCAAGUCUAUGUAGGUUUUAGAGUAAAGUCUUUUCUUUCAAGAGUGAUUGUUGGAAAGGAGAUUUCAGACUUUUGAUUCAGUUUUGGUUCUGUUGUUUCAUCAUAUCAGUUGAUGGGAUUAGCAUUAAGUUGUAUAUUAGAGAGGAUAUAGAAAUUGGGGGGAGAGAUGUUAUAAUUUUACCCACUAAUACAUUACAUUUUUACACUUUGUCUCCCCUCUUCUGGGAGAAUCAAAGUCAUUCUUGGAAUGCAAACAAAAUUUCAUCUUCGUUGUUUA